UCGGGGACAGACAGUCACAGAACAGAAGCUUAAACGACAUUAAAAACCGAGCUGUGGUCAAGGAGGUCAAAGGAUGUCGAUGUCGUUUUCAGGUGUCUCAUUGCCAUCCUCAGCUUCAAGGCCACCAAGCGAUCUCUGCUUCACUGCUCACCAAUUCUCUUUUGGGGCUCCAGCAAACUUCUUCCGUUCUGGGCCAGGUGGGCGAGUUGUGCUCCACGGAGGGCCUCACCAUUUCUGCCGGAAAUUUUGUGGCUUAAAACGAUGGAUACUAGAAAACCUACAGAGUCAACAUCAUAAGAGGAAAAUUGGACCUACAAAUGAGUAUAAGAGCAUAAAAAAUGAAGUCAAAGAUCACUUAAUGGAUCAUUCUUAUUCGACUUUACCACAUGGAGAUUCUACUUGUGUCUCUGCAGAUUCCAAUGAUCGAACUACAAAAAUAACUUUGCAACUUGAAGAAAGUUCUUUGCCAAGUUCCAAACCACAUGAUUCUGUAACAGGGCCUACUACUUCCUUAGAAUCUCCUUCCAUACCACAAACACAUUCCUCCGAGUUUCUCAUUGAGGGUGGUGCAGAAGCCUCACUCUGUAUUGCGGUCAUAGGAGCAACUGGCGAACUGGCAAGGGGAAAAAUUUUCCCAGCGCUUUUUGCUCUGUAUUACAGCGGCUUUCUUCCAGAGAAUGUUAGUAUCUUUGGUUAUUCAAGAAAGGAUAUGACAGAUGAAGACCUGAGAUCAAUGAUUGCUUCAACUUUGACUUGUCGUAUCGACCAUCAAGAAAACUGUGGAAACAAAAUGGAUGUCUUCCUUAGUCGAACACACUACAUUAAUGGAGGCUAUGACAACAGAGAAGGGAUGUCAAAGCUCAAUGUGCUGAUGCAGCAGUUCGAGGGAAAAUCUGAAGCAAACCGGAUAUUUUACCUUUCCGUGCCGCAAGAAGCACUUAUAAAUGUUGCGUGUUCAAUCGCUGAUAAUGCGCAAACCCUGAAGGGCUGGAAUCGUGUAAUUGUUGAGAAACCCUUUGGCUUUGAUGUAUUAUCAUCUCAUCGGUUGACGCAGUCUCUUCUUUCAAAGUUUGAAGAAAAACAAAUCUACAGGAUUGAUCAUCUUUUAGGAAGGAACCUCAUCGAAAAUCUCACAGUUUUAAGGUUUGCUAAUCUAGUGUUUGAGCCGCUGUGGAGCCGUACAUACAUACGCAAUGUACAGGUCAUUUUAUCAGAAGACUUGGGUGUCCAAGCGGGAAAGUACUUUGAUGGUUACGGCAUCAUUCGUGACGUAGUACACAGUCAUAUACUUCAAACAAUAGCAUUGCUUGCCAUGGAACCACCAAUAAGUCUGAAUGGGGAAGAUAUACGAAAUGAAAAGGCCAAACUUCUGAGAUCAGUUCGGAAAUUGGAGCCCAGUGAUGUUAUUCUUGGUCAAUAUAAAGGGAGUACUAAGGAUGAGGUUGAUGUUUAUACGAACAGCCUGACACCCACAUACUUCGCUGCUGCAUUGUACAUUGACAAUGCACGUUGGGAUGGCGUGCCUUUCCUGAUCAAAGCCGGCAUGGGACUCAUCCAACACAGAGUGGAGAUACGUAUACAGUUUCGUCAUGUUCCAGGAAAUCUUUAUCGUGAGCGUAUGGGGCACAACAUCGACCGUGCUACCAAUGAGCUGAUUCUGCGUGAUACCCCCGAUGAGGCCAUCCUAGUCAGAGUUAACAAUAAGAUUCCGGGAUUGGGGUUGCAGUUGGAUUCUCCGGAACUGAAUUUGCUCUACAAGGAUAAGUAUAAUGUGGAAGUGCCUGAUUCAUAUGAGCAUCUCCUUCUUGAUGUCAUUGACGGAGACAACCACCUCUUUCUGAGAAGCGACGAGCUUGCCGCUGCGUGGAACAUUCUAACUCCAGUUUUGAAUGAGAUAGACAAGAAAAAUAUAGCACCGGAGCUGUACCAGUUGGGGGGUCGAGGUCCCGUUGGAGCUUACUAUCUCUGGGCAAAACAUGGGGUUCCCUGGGCUGAGGACUAGCAAACUUAGAACCUCUCUUGGUCUUUUCCUCUUGAACAAACACAUUAUUGACAUUGGAUUUUUUCUUCACCUUGCGGUAUUUACCUUCAUUUCCGUGAGAGAGCUUCUCUCCUUCUCUGUGAGAGUCCUUCCCAUUUUUUGUGAGGGUUUCCAUCUUGCCCACCAUUUCUGGGGCUGACUCUAGCUUUUGGCUGGAGUCGGUCGCCCAUUUUCUCUUUCUUUUGUUUUCUCCUCUUUUCCCCUUUUCUGCCGUUUCCUCUUUCCUCUUUCCUCUUUUCUUCUUCCUUCUUUUCUUUUCGCUUCUCCUAAUGUUUCUCCCCAAUUUUCUCUCUGGCCUAUCCUGUUCUUUUAUUCCCGUCGGUAUCCCUCUCCCAUCCCUCCCUCAGUCCGAUCUUCAGCCACUUUUCCUCUUGAGUUCGUGUGUAGAGUUUGGAUUUUUUUCUUGGCUCGGGUAUUUCCAACACCGCCACUUUCUCCUUGCUGUCUGUCGUUUUCGACAGUGUUGCUCGUGGGUUUCCCCGAGCUUCUUCUUGGUAGUUGGCUAAUCCUUCUUUGGUGCCGACUAUCUCUUGUUAAUGGCUGUGAUCGGGUUGCUGUUCGGGGGUGGCGGUGGUGUCUGCGGCGGCGAUACUUGGUGAUGGAAGACGCUAUAGUUGGCUGGUAUGGAUCUCUGUCGGUGGAGGAGAUUUUAGUAGAAGUUUCUCGGCAGUUGUGUGUUUUUGGGCUUUACUGUUGUUGGGUCCUCUUUCUGGUUUUCUUUUGGUUUUGGCCCUUUUUUGGUUGUGUAUAGUUGUAAGUAGGAUCUUUGGUUUGCUUGUAAUUUUGGGCUUGUUUUAAUAAAAGUUAAGGGAGUUUGCUACAGACAGACUCUUUCCAAA